UUAUACAAAUGUACUUUUUCAACUGAAGUAAAUAUAAAAGAAGUGAAGAAACAUGUAACAUUGCUGUGAUGGGUUGCAACCAAGCUCAGAACCAAAAUUUAUCAAAAUCAGAGCAGCAGAUCGAAAAAUGUAAUGGAAAUAAUUCAGCAGAGCGAUCGAAAUCGACAGAGAAUUGUAACGCCCGUUCUCCAUCAAGAUACGUGUAUGACGAAAAGCCAGAUAUAUCCAGUGACAAUGAGAGUAAAAAGAAGAAAUACAGCUCUAUGUGUGGAGAACUAUGGUCGAAUAGAGAUAGCGAAGUGUUACAUAGGAAGCUGUCCAAGAAGCUUGAUGUCCGGUACAUAAAUCAGAUCAAGAGUUUUAAAGAGAAGAUUAAAUCUUCUUACUCCUGCAAUCAGCAACAAUGUCCCAUAAUCCAGGAGAGGCUCGCUCAACACCAGCUCAUACACCACCUUAAUGCAAAGAAGAUAGAGUUUGUUACACAGAGGAAGAACCGUGACAAGGCCAUCAACGUAUCUCCAACACUGUCGAGAAUGAGAUUACCAAAGUUUACGUUACCGUUCUCACACGACGGUAGACUAGUUCAAACAGAAAUCACUAUGAGAGACUUCAGCCCUGGCCGAUUUCCAAGAAAACAUAUGAACAGAGUAGUCAAUUUUGACAGAGAAAUAUCUCUAAAGAGAUCGGAAACGAGAGAAGUCCUAUCUAAGAAAAACUUUUAUAAGGAACAUCUGCAAAAUGAAAUACUCAACUGGCUGCACCAUGUACCAAUGUUUUACUCUCUUAACUUUACUACUAAAGAUAUAAAACAUAAUGUAGUCCACACUUUAGCGGAAAAGAUUAAUUCACUCGCCAGUAUAGCUCAUGAACCAUCCUACGAAAUGAAAGUCAAGAUAGAAAUAGAGAACUGUUUGAAUAAACUGCCCAUGUGGCUGCAUGGAACAAAACGAGACCAAAUGCUAUUCAAAGAUGGGUUGAGAGAAAAGCUUUGGAAUAAAAUUCGUGGACUCAAUGAGAACUUCCUUGGACUGAGGUACGAGAAGUCGGUUGGCUUUCAGAAUAUUGUACUAAACGAUGACCCGAUGGCAAUUUUCGAGAAGGAAAUAACUGAUUGGUCGCAGAAGCUUCAGCUAGACCCUUCUAAGAAAGUCACUAGACGUAAUGUAGUGUCCUUGAUAAUGAAAAGACUAACACCACUGCUGAAGAUACCACUUCACACGACAAGUUACAAGCUUAUCUUGAAAGGGGAAAUUAUUGACAUUUUGGAUGAUACGCCACUCACUUUGACAAGUCAAAGAUUUAGGACUGUAUAUCUUAAUAGACUUGCCGAAGACCUCACAAAUCGCUUACUAACCAUCCAGUUAAAAAGCAAAUCUUCAAAUAAUAAAACUGCUGGAACUAAUGUCUCGGUGUUCCAUCAAUGUGCUGGUCAGAUUAUGGGUAUACCUAUACCUAAAACACUUGGUAACUUGAAAGAACUUAUUACAGACAGAGUCGGAGAAUGCUUAGAGAAAAUUAAAGUAUGCCACCGUAAUGACCUCCAAACUGAAAUUUGUUCUUCAUUCUUAGAUUCCAAAGCUUGUUUACGCACAGGUGAUGAAGUGAGCAUCAAAGAUGAGAUCUGUCAGUAUUUACGCGACACUGGUAGAAUUUCAGGUGAAAGAACACAAGUUGUUGCUAAUAUGAUAAUCGAACAGGUUAAAGACAUAAUACAUGAAACGAGACACUCGGCUGCGACCAGCUUUGAUUCAGUGAUACCAGAGUUAUCAAGUUCAAUUUCAGUCUAUUGGGGAUUUUGUAAAAAGAAAGCCGAGGCACCUGUAACAUCAACUCCGAUAAAAUCGGAUAAAAAAGAAAUAUCAAAACUAAGCCCCGAAGAAACAGCUUACAUGGAUGAUGUAUCUAAUGUAAUAAGAUCAUGGAUGGACACGUUACCGAAACAAUAUAACGAAGAUCUUAAUUUCAAAGAAACUAUAAUACGCGAUCUAGCUGGCGACCUCAUGGAUCAUGUCAAAGUAGAACAGUUAGCACCAGACGCGUUCCCAGAUAAAGACAAAUAUCAAAAAUACGUAUUGUACAGAUGGUUGUUCAAAUUCAACUUUUAUGAUGAUGAUAAAAUUGCUGAAGAUGCUAAACCUCGUAUAGCUGAUUUUCUUAACAGAUUGAAGCGCGUUCCAGUACCAAACUUGACUGCAUCUCAUCAUGGCACUCGACAGGCGAUGGGACAUAUAAAACAUAUGGAAGGUGAGAGAGGCUGGGAAGAAGACUAUGUACCGAAAGGUGUUGACGUUUUAGAAGACAAUAUAUCAGUCUGGAUGAACGAACAGCCAUCGGAAAUUUAUAGCAACAAAGAUAAGAACAAGAGAGAUAAAAUGGUUCAUGAAUUGGCUCUUAACAUGCAGGAUCGUCUGCGAAAUAAAAGUCCAGAAUCAGAGAUAGACAAAGAUAUUAAUAGUUGGGUCAAAAAAAUGGUAAAAUACAAAGAAAGAGAGCAUAUUGGCGUGCUAUCUCAGAAUUUAAAAGAAAGGAUCAUGAGUGCACCUCAGGAUCGAACUUUACAAGCUAGACAAGAGGAAAGGCAACGCUAUAUAGCUGCAAAGAUUGCUGAAAAGAAACAAAAGCAAGCUGGACUAUCAGAAGAAGUCCCACGAAAUGUAACUAAUAUAGGCAAUAUACAAGGUGAUCCUGAUAGAACUAUAAGAGAAUUUGUUCCUCUUUACAUAGAACGUCACUACAAUAUUGAUGAUCCUUUAGUCUUCAGUGCAUUCGCUCACUUACUGAAAACUGAAUUAAGAAGACAAGACGUUUACACCAGAAAAGAAAUAUACGAAUUCUUUGAACAAUCAAAGAUUCAUGAAAAGUUUAGACCCGAAAAAUAUAAAAACAGUUUAGACUACUUUAAAAUUAUAUCUAACUGGUUAAAUGAAAUUCCUAUAGAACAACACUUCAAUAGACCAGAUAAUAAAACCAGAAUAGAAUUUAUAAACGAUCUUGCUAAGAAUAUUGAAGAAAUUGAAGAACAGAGAUAUCAAAAUCCAAAUGCAAUGGAAUAUAAUUACUUGACAGCAUCAAUGAUACUACAAACUAUGCAUACGUAUGGUUUACCCAUUCUACCUGAACAUAAAGAUAAUACUCCCCUAAUGGUAGAACAAUUACUUCAAAGACUUGCUGAAAGACGUCCUAUAUCGCCUAGACAGACUCCUAGAAGUCAUACAACAUCGCCAGGUAACGAUUCACUAAGUCAAUCAUUAAACACAAGCGACAUAAAAGAACAGAAUUUAAACGAUUUUAUUAAUGAUUAUAUCCGUAUAAAUGGGGCGGAAAUAGCUGAUGAUGAGAUUAAAUUUGAAAUCUGGACCAGUAAUUUAUACAAAGAAGUAAAUAAAAUGAUUAGAAACGGAAUGGAUCCCUCAGCGCCAAACAAAGCUCUACUGUAUGACAAAUUUGCUGACGUUCCCAUACCAAGUGAUGGAGACAUUAAACGCAACAGUUAUAAUACUAAAUACAGAACAGAAAUUAUUGAUUGGAUGCAUAACCUUCCUAUCGUAUUACCAAACUUUGAUUUUCAAGAAAAAAGAUUCAAAAUGAUUGUUGAAUUGUCCGAAAAAAUGUGCGAAACAGACUCACUAAGACGAGCAUAUCCUAACGAUAAGAACGGUGAUAAAAAAUUAGAAAAGUAUAUUGGUGAUUGGAUAUCAGAAUUACCACUAGAUGAAAGCAGACCUAUUGUGUUGCCAAUAGUGACACAACAACUGAUGAGUAGAAUGGAUAGAGUGAAUAACAUUAUUGUAACAAAAUCUAGUGAUAAUGUAUUAGGUUCAUCUUCAAAUUCAUUAAAAUCUGAUACAAGCAGUAGCUUGAAAUCUAAAAAGGAUAGUAAACAAAAUGUUUCUAAGAAAAGCAGCAAAAAUUCAAUAUGCAGCUUAUUCAAAGCUAAAAAAACUCCAGCGGAAUCAAUAGUCGAAGCCAUUGAAUCUUGGUGUAACAAGUUACCUAUCAAAGAUAAAGACAAAGAGGCAGUAAAAAAAAUGAAACAAGGCAUAGCUAGGAAUUUAUACCAAAAGACUUGCGAACUGAAUUUAGACCCAAGGGUAUUUAACGAUGACUUACUUUACCGAGAAAUGUUAGGCGAUGAAAUAGAUACGCAAUUAGAGAAUGUUCCGCAAAAUCCUGAAUUGCAGAAAAAUAGAGAAAAGCUAAAAGAAUCGUUAAUAAACAAUAUUAUGGAAACUAACGAAGUCAUCAAAGAAAAAUCAACAGGAGAAAAUUAUAGAAAUAAAUUAGAAACUACUAUAGACUCGUCGAUUCCGAACCCAGUACAAAGUACGCAUAUGUUUGAUCCAGGAUUUGAGAUAUAUAAAAAUCACUUAGCCAAUAUGUUCAUAUUAGAGAACUUCGAUCACGCGAAUGAUGAUGUUAAGGCAAAUUAUGAAAAAAGAAUCAAACAAGAAACUGAUAAAUAUUUCGAAAGUGCACGAAACAGGAAUGCUCUACCUUUGACUAAAGAUCAAAUUUACAACGAACUCUAUAGUGCAUUAUUCAAAGUUCCUAUGCCUAAUGAAACAUCAGUCAUUGAUGAAGUAGAACAAGUUAAAACAAGAUGUGAAAUAGACGGAUGGUAUGAGAGCCUUCCCGUUGAACAUACCGAUAACUUAACUGAACUACUAGAAAGGGACAAAAUACUUUCUACACUCGCCAAGAGGAUACAUGAAAUAGAAAAGUCAAAGAGUUGUAAAAUGGACGACAAAAUUACAAAAGAAACGCGAAAAUGGCUUGAAAAACUUCCUCUGACACCUGGUCAUGAAGGACAUGACGCAUACGCGAAGAAAUUACUAAAAAUCUUGAAAUCAACAGCAAGUGAUAGAAAACACGUACCUUCUGACAAAAAAUGUAAAGGAAAGUGUAAGACAGGAAAAGGAAGCAGUGAUAAGAAAGAAUCAAAGAAAACUGAGCCACAACUACAAUCAAAAGCAACCCACGCAAAACCUUGCAUACAAGUUACACCUAUGGCUCAUAAAAAACCAGGCGACAUUAUCGUAGAAAUAGUGGAAGAUUGGUGUAACCAACUGCCAUUGAAUUCUACAGAGGAACAAAAUAAAGUUAUUAGAGACAACAUUUCAACCAGAAUCAUAAUACACAUCAGCGAAUUAAAUAUGGACCCAGAGAUCUUCAAUGAUGAUGUGGUCUAUACUGAAUUACUAGAUGAGGAACUUGAAAGCAUUUUAUCUAAUAUACCUGUAAACUCUGAUUUUGAAAAUACUAAACUCGAGAGAAAAUAUGAACUUAUAACAAAGAUAAUGUCAAUCAAACCACUAAUCAAAGAAGAGAAAGCAAGACAUGAGUACAAACAAGAACUCGAUAGCACCGUAGCUAGCAUUUUAAAAAAACCUCAAGAUACCUCAGCAAAUAAAUUAGCCCUGUUUAAUCAACUGAAAGAAGAAAUCGUAGAAAAUUUUGUACAAUUUCAUUACAACAAACAUGAUGAGGAAGGGAGACAGCUUUACAAGAAACAAGUUCAUGAUGCAGUCGUUAAAUAUUGUGCAGAAAUAAAAGACAAAAGCGCAGAUGAAGAAAUGGAUCCAUUAGUACGACGAAACCAACUACUUUGUGAAUUGGAAAAAAUUCCAGUCCCACAAACGGCUUUACAAGAAGAAGUAGCUGAAAUUAAAAUGAAAAAGGAAGUAGAAGAAUUACUACGUCAACAAUCGGUUCCCGAAGGAGAGAAAACAAAUAAAAUUAAAAAGCAUCUUGCUAAAAGAUUAUGUGACAUCGAAAAAUCAGGAUACACUCCAUCUAACGAAAAGAAAAUGAAAUCAGAUAUUACUAGGUGCUUCAAAAAGCUAGACAAAGAUAUAAGUCCUAAGGAUGUUGAUGAUUUUAUUAAUAAACUGAAAAACAACGAAGUGGAAAGGAAAGCACCACCACUUACAAGCAGUCAAGCUGCUGAUUUAAAUUCCAGCUCUACUGGGCCAACAGAAACAUCUAGGCCAAUUUACGUCUCACGAGACCGUGUAUUAACAGUAAAAUACCAAGAUGACACUAAAACUCCUCAAAAACACAUUUCUUCUCAGGUCGAUAGUGGAGAACAAUGGGUAUCAUUGCCUGAAACAGUAAAUCGAAUGCCAAAUUCAUGUGAUGAAACCUCAUGUACUGCAACAGAAAAUUGUAGCAAGUAUCAGCAAGCAGCACCGCAAUUCGAUCAAAGCGUAUCAGAGUCAGUAUCAAUGAGAAAUCAAGAUGACGCUAGAACUUCUCAAAGACACGUUUCUCCUCAAAUACCUUCGCAGUACGACACACGCACAAGUCAAGGAGAACAAUGGGUGUCAUUGCCUGAAACAGAAAAUCGAAUGCGAAAUACAAGUUAUCAAACUCCCUCAUCUCUUGGAACAGAAUAUCGCAGCAGGUAUCCAGCAUCACAAUAUGAUCGAAGUGUUGCAGAGCCAGUAAACUACAGUGAUUUUGAAGCUGGGAAUUUCCUGAGCUCAUCACAAGCGCCUCCUAAUUACUACGCUCAGACACCAAAUCAAGUCCCAGAGCAGUUUAACGUGUCCAAUAAUCAGCCGGGUCAUGGAGUUAGUCAAAGAUCUAUAAACCAAUACUAUCAGUCCCCACAACAGCCACAGCAAGUUCCUAGAGAAACAGUAUCAGGUCGCAUGCCUUCUCCAACAAAUUUUGGGCAAAUGGGCACACCCCGGCAAGUAGCUCAGAGUCCAGGAAGCGCACACUCGCCAAGCAUUGCGGUAUCACCAGGGGAUACAACUCCGGAGUCUUUGUUCCAAGCGCCGGUUUUUAGACCUGUGCCAUUCGAGCGACAGUUUUCUGUUCCUCCUGGUCUUGAGCCAAGUCCUGUACAGGGACCACCAGGGUUCACUCCAUCACAAAAUGAUCCUCGAACACCUAUGACUGGAUCCGCCAAUCCUCUGGCUAUAGCGCCUCGUUGCCUAUCUGCAGCUCGUAGAUUCCAGGGUCUUAGGGGCGAUGAAGAAGAAAUUUGCGUUUGUGAAAGAUGUACAGGAAAAAAUUGUAAGGGAAUUCCUCUUUGUGUGCUGGCGAUGCAGAAGUAUUUCGAAGAUUGUUUCGGCAUCCCCGUGUGCAUGCACUUUCCCGAAUGUUUUCGCCAAUGAAUUGUUAGUUCGUUGUUAAGUAGUAGGUAAUUUUGUUUAAACUGUACAAAUAGAAUAAGAAAUCGCUUGGUCUAAAAGAA